AGAACCUCUCUUUCUUUCAGGGCUACCUUCACGUGUGGAGGAAUGAGACGACGUUCUCCGAAGACGAGCUGGCGGAGCUGUUCAACAACAUCGAGGGGAUCUAUGCUUUCAAUAGGUCUCUCUGCGAAGAGCUGAACACCUGCCGGCUUGACGCCGUCUGCAUCGCCCGCUGCUUCGUCAACAACACGACCGGCUUCUCCGUCUACACGUCCUACUGCACCGGUUACCCUCGCACCAUGGAGCGGCUGGCUGCCAUGGCGUCCAAACCCCAAAGCGCCAGAGAGUUCAGGGAAAGGCAGCUGGCGUUGGGACACCCGCUGCCGCUGGCGUCGUAUCUGCUCAAACCAGUGCAGAGGAUUCUGAAGUAUCACCUAUUGCUGCAGAACGUGGUGAAACAAUGCGCAUCCAGCGAGACGGAGUACGCUUUACUGAAGAUGACGGGCAUCGCUCAGCACAUUGAUGACAUGAAGCGGCGGCAUGAACACGCUGUUAGGGUCCAGGAGAUCCAGUCGCUUCUCUACGGAUGGAACGGUCCAGAUUUGACUACGUACGGAGAGCUUUGCGCCGAAGGAACAUUUAGGGUGCUCGGGGCUAAAGGCAUGAGACACGUGUUUCUCUUCGACAAAAUGCUUCUCGUCACGAAGAACAGGGAAGACGGCAUCUUGGCGUACAAGUCGCAUAUUAUGUGCAACAACAUGAUGCUAGUGGAAUCCAUAGCGGGGGCGCCACUGUCGUUCCACGUGAUACCGUGGGACGCGCCGCGCGCGCAACUCACGCUGCAGGCGCGCUCGCUACGGCACAAGCGAGAGUGGACCUUAUUGCUGAAGAGGGUUAUUCUGGAGAACUACAACGCUGUCAUACCGUCCCACGCUAGACAGCUGGUGAUGGAGUUGGGUCAAAAUAAAACUGACGAUGAUAUGCUGGCUGAAAAAUCUCACAACCUCAUCACUCAAGCUUCGAUGAGAAAACAACUAUCGGCACCGGAGUAUCUCGAGAAGCGAAAAAUAGACAGAGAAAGAAGAAAAUCCUUCGAAAACGGCAUCAGAGGCCGCUUGAAAAAGGCCAAUAGAAAAUACACAUUACCUAACUCUAGGUCCGAGUCCAGAGAAUGUGACUGCACUCAAGUUUCAGCAGAAAAGGGCACAGAUUACACUUGUGAGAGUUGCUACGUAGACCUCUGCUCGGACUGCGAAACUGAACUGUCCAAAGACAAAAGAGAAGAUAAAUGUGGCUGCAGAAAUGAAGACGGAGAAGUGACUGGAGAGAAAUGCCCAGAAUGCGAUAGAUCUCUACAUUACAUCGAUUCUGGUAGCGCUGAACGUUUAGAACGAAAAACAUCGGACUGCAGAUGUUCUGACUUCAAAUCUUCCCAAGAGAGUUUCAGCAAAGAAAUAAAUAGUCCUCUAAAUAAAACAAGAGGCUACCAUUCUUCUGAUAAUAUCGUAGGUUACACUGAAAGCGGCAAAAGCAGAGAAGAUUUGAGCGACACCAACAAUUCUUUAGUCAAUGUACGUAAUAUCCCGAAAACAUGCCUCAAAUGUGCGAAGAUCAAAGAAAAUAUUGCGGUCACUGAUUCAAUGACAACAAUCCAUUCAAGAAAAUCCAGAUGUAAUGAUACAGAAAAAAGUAAAACAGAUACGUUGAGAUCCAAAUCUAAAGACGACCCUCAAAGAUCCAAGUUGUCUAAAAUAGGAACAUGGAGACGAAAGUCUGAGCCUGGUUUGCCUCCAAAUACUAGUGUCACAAAGAAAUCCCAAGACAGUGACAGCGAACGCACCGAAUCUAGGGGUUGUGAAAAGAUAGAGUUUGAAUGCAGAAAUUGUGGCUCUAACAAAAUAACAAGGAAAGUAAGAAACACUGACGGAACCAUUAUAUCCGAUCCCGAAUUAGACAGCAGAAAGAGAACUCUUAAUGGUUCUAAUAAACUGAAUGUAGAAAUAAGAAUGUACAAUACAAAAAACAUACCAAAGAAAAUUUCUAAACUGAAGAAAAAUAGAGCGAAAGGCUUGAGACUUGGCUCCGAUACAACGGCUAAGUUUUAUGCUGAUUUCUCCACGGACGUGUCUACUGAGAAUAUCUUACACAUAUCAGAAUCAAACGAUAGUUUGAAUGUAGACAAGACAAAAGACGUCACUCAAAACUCGGCUAUACCUGAAACGAUUAGCAAGGAUGAAGAUAUCGACGAAGAAACAUACAAGAAGCUGAUAGAAAAAACUGAUUCAUUCAAAAAGAAUGAAUUAGAAAAAGUUAAGUACUUAAACAAACAAAAAGUGAUAACUGAAGGUACAGAAGCUGAGGAAAAAUCAUGUGAAAUUGAUGAAAGUCGCGAAGAGAUUCAAGAGAGCUGUGAAGAGAGUGAACAACCACUGGAACAAAUAAUAUCACAAUUAUUGAUGCAAAAUCGGGAGUUCCAGAAGUUAUUGAAGAAGCAACAACAAAAAAGUAGUGCGAAUAGACGACACCAACGGCUUUUAAAGUCACAUUCCAACCCAGAGCACGUCAUCAUAGCUCGUAAUACUGACUCUGUAAAACUUAAACCUAAAUACGGACGACAGACUUCAGAAAAUAUAGAUUUCAGUAAUCCUGACGAACAUCAUGAGGAUAUUGUUGACCAUGCUGUGCCAAAUCCACGUAUUGAGAUUGAAAAUGUCUCUGAUGAUGAUCAUAUCUACGAGACUUUGCGUGUGGAGAAUAGAGAUGACGAAGAAUUACACAUCUUGAAUAACAAAAGUAAAGUAAUACAACAUCAUCCACAUGUAACGAGACCUAAGAGGUUACCAUCACCUCCAACUCAAACAAACUUGCCUGAGAACAUUACAAGAACUGGCCCAGAAUCUGAUUAUGUAUACCUUUCAUUUGAUAGACUCAAUAACACGCAAGAUGAUGACGGCAUUUAUGACGUUCCUGUCAAAUCUCCAGAAAAAGUUGAAAGACAAGUGAAAACCGAUUAUUAUGUCGCUAUGGAACAUCAAGGUCCUCCUAACACAAACGAAGAGAAUCUUUACGAUAAUCUUCUUGAAGUUUGUAGAAGGAAAAAGGACAUACCAGACACAUUACCGACUGACUAUUUGCCCAUGAGUCCAGACCAACAGAGUCCAAAUACACCUGAGAUAUGGUUGAGUCGACAGAAAGAACACUUCAAUGUUUCACGGGAUAGAAAAUCAGGAUCACUCCCCAGAAGUUUUCAAGUAGUCACAAGUACACAGGAAGAAAACAAUUUGAAUACAUUUAAAUAUAAACCAAAUAGCAAUAGUAAGACUUACUUGAAUAGAGAUGGCAAAGUCAUGAGCACUGAUCGACCUUUUACUAUUGCUUCAGACAAAAGUGAAAUAAGUUACGAUGAUGUCGAAAAUUACAUGAGUGAAGGUGACAUACUGAAGUUCGCCAAAAAUAGUAAGGGGUCAGAAUCUGAAUUCGCUCAAAAUAUCAGUCAAUCCACAUUAGAGCUGGAAGAAGAGAUCGAUAGAUGUUAUAAAAACAAUUUCGAAGAAAUCAAGUUAGACAAAAAUAAAAAUGAAAAUCUCUUAACAGUUUCCCAACCUAAUUUGAAUACAUCGACGACAUCUUCUUGUGAAGUUCUGCCAAUAGUUCGCAAUGACGAAAAGCCGGCUGAAAUAGAAGUGAUACAUCCAGAGCAUAAGAUCUACAAGCCAACAAGUAACAUACUAUCACUCAGGAAUGUGCUAAGUCGAUUUAAAAAUAAAACACCUAAUAAGAACAGUGAUGAUGGUGAAGUCAACGCAAAUGAUCAAAGUAGUCCUGACAGUGCAAAGUCUGAUCUAAAGAGUCCAACCAAUGAGAAAAGAUCUGCUUUGAAUCCGAGAAGCUAUUCGAAAAACUUACUUCAAAGAUUCAAGAGUAUUAUUGGCGACGAACAUCCUGAUGAUAAUCACAAUAAACCAGAAAUAUCUAAAAGUCAAAUACCAACAGAAGAUACACAAAACAAUUUGAUCAAAAGUGACAUAAAAGUAGUUAUAACUUCGACAGAUGUUAGUCUUUCAACUUCUAUUACACAGGCCAACAAAGUUGAUGCCCUCAGUAAAAGUGUGUGUGAACACACUACACUUACUGAGAGUCAAGAUGAAAAGAACAACAUGGAACUAUUAUCUCAGAGUUGUGACAAUAUCAAUCAAAAGCCAGAAGCUUUGCGUCCUACUUAUGAGAAAAGUGUAAGUUUAGUGACAAAUUUAACCACAUCCAUUAGCAGUACUUCAUCACCUUCCAAAUCAAACAAUAGUUCUUAUCAGAGCCUGAACAAAUUGCCUAUUUACAUGCAAGGUAGUAAACAUUUAGGUGCCAGGAUAGCUCAGUCAGAUUACGUUGAUCCUAUGACACUGGUCAGUGAGAAAUCGACUUUCAAAAAUGUCAACGUUCUGAUUAAUAAAAACGCUGUAAGACCCGAUAGUCUGUUUUCUAAUUCGUCUUUUGUGACUUCGUCAAGCGAAGGUGCAUAUCAAGAGUGUAAGACAAAUAACAAUCAAACUACUACAGAUAAAGACAAGACUCUUGAUUCUCCGAUGCAGGCAAAUGCCGAUGAGAGCUAUUACGAGAAGAGCUUCGAAAAGAUAGAACACAUGACAGACGAAGACGUGUUCAGAGAUUCAGCAGUUUAUUCGGACCAAGAAGAUGUCGAUGAAUCUAAGACUGAAACCGGCUCUAAAGUCAGCAGGAUUGUAACACGGGUCGAAAGUAUGAAACGUAACACUUCAUUUAGAACUCAAAAAAGCACCAUUGUUACAAAUGUGAGCGAGAGAAUAAGUAAUAGUCGUAUAACAGUAACAACGAAUAAAGCUCAACACACAGAAACACACACUGCACAGAGAGUAGAUAUAGUAGAAAAAGUUAAACCUAAGAUAGCUCCACCCGUUCCAGUUAAGCCAAAAAUUUCAAAUAUUCCAUCUGCAACAUCUUUCCAAACAAAACCUAUUGGCAUUAACCGAAAUACUUCGUUGGCUAAAAAUCAAGAAAGAACAUCUUCCUCAGAAUCAGUAAAUAUGAAAACAAUUAAACGUAAUACUAACUUUAAACCUUCCGUCGUAAGAUCAGAGUCUACUCCUAGCGACAAACCAAAAGUUGGCGACGAAAAACCUAAACAAGAUGACUCAAAAACAACCGAAGGAAUGGAUGAUACUAAAUUGAAACCUCCUGGUAACAUCCAAAUAAAAAGACUUAGCUUUGAAAGAGCAAGCCUCGAUUCCGCGACGAGAAAAAUUAAGGCAGCUGAAAUCAAAAAGCCUUUAGAACAGCCGAAAACGUCGAAGUCCGUUUUGGAAAGGCGAAUGGAGAUCGAACAAAUGUCUAAGAGCCAAAUAGUGAAGCCCAAUCAGGGUAUAAAGAAGCCUAAUCAAUUAGUUAAACCUAAACCGAUAACAACGAAGGUUGCUACUUUUGAACGAAGUUUAAGUGACAAUAGUUCUAAAGAUAUAAAGGUUACACCAAGUAGUAGUACAGAGAAAGCCAACAUUCCUACAAAAAUAGAGCCCGAGAAAUCUGAGUCGUUCGAAAAUGACCCCAAAAGCAGCUGGGUGAAGCAAGUCGUGAACAAAUUCCAAUGAGCUUAAUCGAGUGAUAAUUGCAUUUAGAAUGAAAUCCAUCCGUCUGUUUUUGUACUCCUCUUUUAAAAUUCCUUCAAUGUAUGAUAUCGAACUAAUUUUAAGAUAACUGGUAAAUCUUUGUAAAUAAUCGUUUAUCAAACCUCUUUGAGCUUUGAUGUCUUGUGCCAUAGACAAGAUUGUAAACAGGGUGUCCCAAAAUGGGUGAAUAAAAUUGCUUAAAAAAAUACAAAAAAAAAAAAUAAUAAUUAAGCAAUGCUGGCAGCAAACCUGGUGGAAGUAAAAAGAACUCUAUUGAGUGAUAACUAGAGCCGAAAAUAUCUUAAAAUUAUCGCCCAUAGUAAUUUGAUUUACCCAUUCUGUGACACUGUGUAUUUGCCGUAUGUUUCACGAUGCACAAAGGCACGGUAUAAAUAGAAACAUGCUUAUUUUGCUAAUAUAUUUAUUCGAAAGUGCCAUUAUAAACAUUUAUCUCAUUAGGUAUACUUACUCCAAUUGAUGACACUAUGUAAUAUCAUCAAAUGAUAUUUUAAUAUUAAUUUUACAUUUAUUUUUGGUUUGAGUAUGGUUAAUACUUAAAAUAAAAGAUAUUUUUUCAUAAUCUCACGGACGUUAUAAUUCGUGUGUAAAUAUAAUAUUUUUUCUACAUCUGUGCAAUUCAAUUACGUCUACUUACUUAAAAUAUUUAUUUUUUUAGCGUUAAGUUUUACUAACACCAAAAAAUAGAUUGUUCUAGUAUUAUUUGUGUACUAAUUUUAUUGAUUAUGUUGCUGUUUUUUAUUUCGUUGAUAUGCAAUUCAUAUUAUUUUAGUUUAUUAUUAAAAUUACCUAGUGGUAUUCCUUUAAAACAAUAUUCAAAAUGUUUUAAACAAUGUUUAACGUAAUAAAAAUGUCCAUUAAACAAUAUUAAGCAAUGUAGUUGGAUUAUUAAGUUAAGCGCAUACUUAAAUUGUGGAGACUGUUAGACGUGUAAGUUAUCGUAUGUCAUUUCUAAGUUCUAACAUUAGGACAAAAUAGUAAAUUAAUAUUACUAACAUUGAGUUAUGGUCACACUUGUUCCAAUUUUAAAAUUUUGUUUUGCAACGAACUUUCAACGUCUAUGUUUUUAAUUAUGCUAAAAAUUACGUUCUCAAUUUAAAUUUAUUUUUUAAGCUGACUUUUUUUCUCUACGGCUUGCAUGAACAUAGCCAGUUUCAUGUUAAAUAGGCUCUACAAAAUCAUUUUUUUUUGUUUUUACAUGAAAAAUAAACCUUUUGUUUUUAAAUGAAAUUGUUUUAUGAAAAUAAAAAUUUAAGCCAUUGUACCUACUUUCACAAAUAACUUGAUUUUGUUUUAUAUUUUUUUGCAAAAGUGUGUCAUACAUAUUUACAAUAUUGUAUUCUCUACAUUAUUGAAUGAAUUUGUUUUUGUUUUACCUACACUUACAAACUUUUAA